AUUUUGGUUUGCUGAAAGUGGAAAGAUUUGUGGAUAUAUGGUCGUUGGUGGAUCCAAUUGUCUUGGGUGGAAGAAUUGCAUAGAAAUCGAAGAAACCCUAGGGGGUGUGAUGGGCAAGGAUGAGAGUAGCAAAGAGGUUGGGGAUGUUGAAGAAGGUGAAAUUUCCGAUUCGACUUCAGUGGAGGAGAUCAGUGAGGAGGAUUUUGUUAAGCAGGAAUUGAAGGUUGAGCCGAAAUCCAAUGGCGGAGGAGGAGAUGCUGGUAGGGUUUGGACGAUGCGGGACAUCUACAACUACCCGGGGUUUCGCGGCUACGGGUCCGGUCUGGUUAACCUGGCUUGGGCUCAGGCCGUGCAGAAUAAACCUCUCAAUGAGCUCUUUGUGAUGGAUGUUGAUUCCGAAGAGAAAUCGAAGCAGCAGCAGCAGCGAUCGUCGUCUUCGCUGCCGGUGAGUUCCGGCAAUGCGAAGGGGAGGAGAGAGUGGUGAUUAUUGACAGUGGUGAUGAGA